AGAAAGCUGCUCCGCCGCUCCGCCUACCUCCCUGCCUACUCAAGCGCUAGAAGCACCACCGCUCCCGACCGUCCGUCCGACCGACCGAUUUCGAGAAAUCUCACAGCUUUGGUGCAACCAUGGCGUCGCUGGACACGAAAGACAUCGAGGGGGUGCCCAAUUGGCACGCCACGGAUGCUGCGGAGAAGCAGCUGGAUGACGAAAAGGCGCCUUCCAUCGAGAAUGAUCCCUUCGGAUCUGAAGAGAUCGCGGAGGUGAAGUACAAGACCUUGGACUGGUGGCAAUCUGGAAUCCUCAUGAUUGCCGAGACAGUAUCAGUGGGUGUGCUUUCGCUGCCUGCGACCGUUGCCUCGAUUGGUUUUGCUCCUGCCAUCGUUCUGAUUAUCGGCAUCGGAAUCGUUGCCACAUAUUCCGGUUAUGUCAUUGGACAGUUCAAGACGCGGCAUCCUUCGAUUCACAGCAUGGCUGAUGCCGGUGAGGUCCUAAUGGGACCCAUCGGGCGGCAUGUUCUCGAGAUCGGCCAGCUUCUGUUCUUCAUCUUCGCGUGUGGCAGUCAUCUUUUGACGUUCACGGUCAUGAUGAACACCUUGACAGACCAUGGAACAUGCUCAAUUGUUUUUGGAGUGAUGGGCUUGGUUCUCUCUUUGAUUUUCUCUUUGCCACGAACCAUGAAAAAUGUUUCGUGGCUCGCGAUCAUCUCGUUCAUCAGUAUUUUCACCGCAAUGAUGAUCACGAUGAUCGGUGUCGCCGUCGAACGACCGGGAGAUGGUCUGGCGGAGACCACUGUCGACACUAGCUUCGUCAACGGCUUCACGGCUGUUACCAACAUCGUCUUUGCCUACUGUGGUCACCCCGCUUUCUUCGGAUUCAUCUCCGAAAUGAAAGACCCCCGGGACUUCCCCAAGUCUCUCUGCAUGCUCCAGGGCUUCGAGAUCAUCAUGUACACCAUCGUUUCCGCCGUGAUCUAUCGCUACGCCGGACCGGGUGUCACCUCCCCCGCCCUGGGGUCCACGGGCCCCAUCCUUCGCAAAGUGGCCUACGGAAUCGCCAUGCCCACCAUCGUCAUCGCCGGUGUCGUUCUGGGCCACGUUGCCAUUAAGAACGUCUACGUCCGUCUGUUCCGCCACACCGACAUCAUGCACAAGCGUGAUUUCCGCGGCGUUGGAGCCUGGGUUGGCCUGGCCCUCGCAUUCUGGAUCAUUGCCUGGAUCAUCGCCGAGGCCAUUCCCGUCUUCAACAACCUGCUUAGUCUUGUUAGCGCUCUGUUCGUCAGUUGGUUCUCGUUCGGCCUCCCCGGCAUCUUCUGGCUCCACAUGUACUGGGGCAACUACUUCACCUCUCCUAAGAAAAUCCUCCUCUUCCUGGCGAAUGUCGGACUCGUCCUUAUCGGCGGCACCAUCUGCGUCUGCGGUCUCUGGGUGUCCGGAGUCGCGAUCCACAACGACGGCUCUAAGAGCAGUUUCUCGUGCGCGAACAACGCAUGAUUGGUUUAUUCGGAGUUCCAGCGCAUUUCUUUCUUCGUUUCUUAGCAACACGAUGGCAUCGACCAUCCACAUGUCUCAACCAUGAGUUCAGUCCUCUUACUGGGAAAGACGACAGAACGGACACCAGAGACAUGAGUCGACGAUUUAUCGAGAUAUGGAAAUUAUCUCACUCGUCGGCUGUGAGAGCACCAGCUCAUCACAA